AUGGCGUAUGAUUCUGUAGAUACGAACCUGCUCUUACAAAUAUUAGCUAGGGAUGGUAUACCGGAUAAACUCCUUUCCUGGCUAUAUCAAUAUCUGAGGAGUCGGCAAGUUUUCCUAGCCACAGAAGAAGGUACAGUACAAAUGGAACUGAGCGAGGGUUUACCACAAGGAUGCCCUCUGUCACCAAUCCUAUUCAACCUGUACACAGCGAACCUGCAUGACCUGUCGAACGAUGAAUGCGAGCUAGUGCAAUUUGCGGACGAUUUUGCUGUCAUCGCAAAGGGAAAAACAAUGGAGGAGGCUACAAAAAGACUGAACGAAUUCUUGCCGAAGCUAACGCGACGCUUAGAGAUGCUCAAUCUCAAACUAAGUGUAGCUAAAUCUGCUGUCAUACCAUUCACUAACAAAAACAUUGACCACCUCCGUGUCAACGUUCGAGGGGAGCGACUGGAAAUUGUGAAUACGCACAGAUAUCUUGGAUACACACUGGAUAGAAGUUUGAGACACCGAAAACAUAUCGAAGCGAUCCGAAAUGCAGCAGGAAAAAAGUUGACCCUACUCAAGCUACUGGGACGGAAAACAGGGAGAGCAAACCCGGAAACGUUGAUCAAGGUGGGAAAUGCUAUAAUCAGGAGCAGAAUGGAGUAUGGGGCAUCGGUCUUUGGAAAUGCAGCACCAGCGAAUAUAGGCAUAUUGCAAACUCUACAGAACUCGUACGUAAGAUACGCGAUGGGUUACUUACGUACCACCCCGGUGAAUGUUCUGUUGGCCGAUUCAGGUCAGCUACCGAUGCGCCAACGGAUUGAGGCAUUAACAAAAAAGGAACUCAUCAGGAGCAUCUUCUUCAAAACCCCGAACCAGAAGUUCAUCUGCAGCACCCUAUCACGAGAGAUAUCCAAUGGAUCAUAUUUCACACAGGUCGCAGAAAAACACGUUGAUCUACUAUAUCAAGUCCAUCCAGCGGAAAAAAAUAAUCAGUGGCGAAGACGAAUGCAGUAUUUCGGAAUGAUCGACAUCGGAAAAAUAGUACAUCGAAGCUUGGGAGAAGGGCAAUAUAAAAAGGGAAACGUGUCCAGUGACGUGUGGAACAAACUGUUUAAAGAAACAAUGGAGAAUGACUACAAAGGAUAUAACAGGAUAUUCACGGACGCAUCCAAGAACUCUUUUGGUGUAGCUAUCGCAGUGUAUGAUGAAAAGGAUGGAGAAGUACUGACGGAGAAAAUAAACGGCAACUUCACGAUCACAAAUGCUGAAAUAUUGGCGAUCCAACAUGCGGUGGAAAUGUGCAAAAACAAGGGAUACAGUAAGACGGUAAUCCUGACAGACUCCAGAAGUGCCUGCGAAACCCUCACUAAGGAUAAAGCCGUAGCCGAAAACUACAUAAUAUGGGAAAUCUUCAAAGAGCUGCAGAGCAUGCCUAGGUCGUACGUAAGGAUUCAGUGGAUCCCUAGUCAUCAGGAGAUCCAAGGGAAUGAAAUUGCAGAUCGAGCAGCGGUGGCACGAACACAUGAUAAACAAUCUUUCUUCAAUGGGAUAACAAUGAGCGACGCUAUAAUACUGAGCCGAAAGGAAAUUUGGGACGAAUGGGAGAGAAGGUACAAAGCGGAAUCUAUGAAGAAAGGGAAAUGGCAUUUUACGAUAUGCGAAACGCCAUGCAAAACGAUCUGGGCAAAACACCUAACACUGAAUACCGAGCAAGUAAAAAUAAUGAACAGAAUUAGAAGCGGACACACAUUGACAAAAGAAAGGAGAGCACAAUGGGGAUUAGAGAUGGACGAUUUAUGCAACCUUUGCGAAGAAGUUGAGGACCUAAAACACUUGCUUUACCACUGCUCAAAAUACAACAAUAUAAGAAUAAAUUACAACAUAUUGGAAUAUAUGGAGCCCUUGGAGCCAAUUCUACGAGAAAAAUGUGAAGAAAGCAUGAAACAAAUAGCAAAGUUCAUCAAGGAAACAAAAAUAAUAGUAUAA